AAAGGAUUAACUCUCUUUGUAUAACUACUACGGAUAGUUCCACUACACAUACCCAGUAACACAAACGAGCACGUAAUGGCAUCUCGCUACCAAAGGUUUAUCCAUAGAAUAACAAGAACACAAUUAGAAACUGCAAAGUUUGGAUGGUAUUUAUUAACACCAAUUUGUAUCAUGUACUAUGUUGGGUUAGAUACAGAUACUAAAUUUAACUUACCUGGUUUCUGGCCUGAUCCAUCUACCUUAAAUCAAGUUCCUAAGGAACCCCAUGAAAUUCAAGCGGAAUUAGCCAGAAUAAAGAGAGCCAGAGCUGAAAAGAGAAGAAAAUUGGAAGAAAGGGCCAAAGAACUUGGAAUAACUGAAGAAGAAGUUCAACUGAGUGAAGCUGUUUAAACCUCAAGGUUAUCCAAACAUCAUUUUUGCAAAAAAAUAAAGAAAGAGAGAGAAAGAAAACUCUCCUUGUAUAUAGGCAACAUACUUCAUGAAUAAAUAUUGUAUUUGAACCUCCAAUAGGAAAGCAUCUAUGCAUUUCUACAACCUAUAAACUCGAGUUGUAAGAAUUUUCCGAGCUAUUGCCAAAUUUCGAUUGAAUCAUUCGUAGAUUAAAAUUCAAUUCUUCUAUAGUUGUAGGUGACAAUUUCAAUGCAUUGGAACUUGAGGCUUCUAGAAUUCGAUUUAACGAUGUAAUUAGUUCAAAUUCGUUAAUCAAAUCUGGCUUUCCAGAUUGCAAUAUAUCUUGCGAAUCAGCCUUUCCGAGGGAUGUCGGGGUUUGUUGACGAGAUUGUUGCAGAAACCCACUGGUAGCAUCCAUGGUAUUAUAUUGUGCACUUUGAUCCGAAAGUACAGCUUCAGGCAAUUGUACCAGUCCAUUUGGUUGCAGGGGUAAGUAGUGAUAGUUUAAUGAAUUAUUGGGUCUUUUCUUGUUCAUCUCAGACCAACUUUCUGGAAGCUUAUGUUUGGUUCGUAACAGACUUUCAUUGGAAGGAUAUUGCGGGAUCUGAGUUGUCGUUAAAGAUACUGUUGGGCUCACUGACGUAAACCUUGACAGUAGUGGAGUUGGAUGUUGGACUGAAUUAGUUUCCAAAUCUGCAGGAGUCAAACUUGGUGCUUUCAAAAGUAGUUGUUCAAUCAGGUUAUUUUCAAUCAAUCUCAGUUCUUCUUGAUAUGGAAAUUCAAAUGUGGUUGCUUUGCUAUUGAAAAACAACGAAUUGUUAGCUGCAGCAUCGCUUUCUCCAACGCCUGGGUACCAUUGGUCACUAAUUAAGUUGGAUUUUGCCUCUUUAUUCUGUUUCACUUUACUAUCAAAAGACUCCAGAAGACAGCUUCCAAUAAUUUCCGUAAUUGAAGCAUAGCUGAGGGUAACCUUGCCUCGUUCAUUCACUAAUCCUAGUAAUUCAUCUAUUUCCCAGGGUAUUACUACAUUAAGGUAUCUCAUUAUUUCUUCAAGUUUGUUGUAACUCUUGCUUUCAUCAUAGUUGCUCAUGCGGGUGUUCAAAGGUAAUAAUGAAUAUUCUGCCGCAGGCCUUGAUUUCUCACUGGGCCAAUCUUUACCUGCAAGUUUAAAAAGGUGAGUUUUCUUCCACGAUGAAAAAAUUCUUUCUUGGGUUAUAGAAUGCCAGGAACGUGUGAUCCAUUCAAUUACUCGAAUCAUGGGUAUAUGAUAGUCAGUUUCUGAAAGCACUUCCAAUCCUGGCGUAUUUGAAGAUAUAUCGUAUUUG